ACCAAGCACAAAGAUAGAAAAAAAGGAUUUUGUCUCUAAGCACUUCAGACAAGACAAAGGUGUGAUAGAAUGGAUUUGAGUGAGUUAAGAAAAGCGGUGGAAGAAGUUGAACUUGUGGAUGGUCAUGCCCACAACAUAGUUUCUCUUCAAUCCAACUUGCCCUUUAUUCAUGCCUUUUCUGAAGCUCAAGGUGAUGCUCUUGCUUCUUCACAACACUCUCUAUCCUUCAAGAGAAAUCUAAGGGAUUUAGCUGAGCUAUAUGGAUGUGAGUUAUCUUUGCAAGGUGUUGAAGAACACCGAAAAGUCUCUGGAUUGGAAUUGUCAUGUUCAACAUGUUUCAAAGCUGCAAGAAUCUCUGCUAUACUCAUGGAUGAUGGGUUUGAAUUGGACAAAAUGCAUGAUAUAGAAUGGCAUAAGAGUUUUGUACCUCUUGUUGGUAGAAUCUUAAGAAUUGAAAAAGUAGCCGAGGAAAUCCUUGAUCAAGAUUUGCCUGAUGGAUCUUGCUGGACAUUGGAUUCAUUCACUAAAGCAUUCGUCUCUAAGUUGAAAUCAGUUGCUGGUGAGAUCUAUGGAUUAAAAAGUAUAGCUGCAUACCGCAGUGGCCUAGAAAUCAAUACAAAUGUCACUAACCAAGAUGCCGAGGAAGGUCUCGGACAGGUGUUACUUGCUCGGAAGCCUGUCCGUAUUGCAAACAAGAAUCUUAUCGACUACAUCUUCUUGCAAAGUCUGGAUGUUGCUCAAUCCUAUGACUUGCCAAUGCAGAUACACACAGGGUUUGGGGACAAAGAUUUGGAUAUGCGACUCGCAAAUCCUCUUCAUCUCCGUUCAGUUUUCGAGGACAAGAGAUACUCAAAAUCUCGGAUCGUUCUUUUACAUGCAUCCUAUCCAUUCUCAAGGGAAGCAUCAUAUCUAGCAUCUGUGUACCCUCAGGUUUACCUUGAUUUUGGUCUGGCAAUUCCAAAGCUGAGUGUACAUGGGAUGAUUUCAUCAUUGAAAGAGCUUUUAGAGCUGGCUCCAAUAAAUAAGGUGAUGUUUAGUACCGAUGGAUGUAUAUUUCCAGAAACCUUCUACUUAGGUGCAAAGAAGUCUCGCGAAGUUGUUUUCUCCGUUCUGCGUGAUUCAUGCCUUGAUGGUGAUCUCACUGUUCCCGAGGCUGUGGAAGCUGCAAAAGGCAUCCUUGCAAGAAAUUCAAUUCAUUUCUAUAAGAUUAAUCUUGCUAACAGUGUUAUUAGUUCAGAUAAUAAUUUACAACUAAAUGUGAUUGAUGACGAUUUAGAGACUGAUGUUUCAUUUAUUCGUAUAAUGUGGGUUGAUAACUCGGGACAGCACAGAUGUCGUGCUGUUCCUAGGAAGCGUUUCAAUGAUUUUGUUUCGAAGAAUGGCGUUGGUUUAGCUUUUGCGACUAUGGGAAUGACCUCUUUUUUAGAUGGACCUGCAGCUGGGUCAGGGUUAGGUGCAGUUGGAGAAACAAGAUUAACACCUGAUUUGUCUACUAAAAGGAGGAUUCCUUGGAGCAAGGAAGAUGAAAUGGUUUUAGGUGAUCUAAAUGUUAAACCUGGCCAAGCAUGGGAGUAUUGCCCAAGAGACGCCUUAAGAAGAGUUUCCAAAAUUCUGAAAGAUGAAUUUAACUUGGUAAUGAAUGCAGGUUUUGAGAAUGAGUUUUUUCUCUUGAAGAGCAUAACAAGGGAGGGGAAAGAAGAAUGGAUACCAUUUGACUCGAGUCCUUACUGUUCCUCAUCAGCAUUUGAUGCAGCUACCCCAGUACUUCGCGAAGUUGCUUCUGCUUUACAUUCCAUGGGCAUUCCUGUAGAACAGUUACACGCAGAAGCUGGAAAAGGUCAAUUUGAGCUGGUUUUGGGACAUACCAUUUGUACUAAAUCUGCAGACAACUUAGUUUAUACACGUGAAACUGUUCGGGCAAUUGCCAGAAAACAUGGCUUGCUUGCUACUUUUAUUCCAAAGUACAAAUUAGAUGAUUUGGGUUCUGGAUGCCAUGUUCAUCUAAGUUUGUGGCAGAAUGGUAAAAAUGUAUUUAUGGCAUCUGAUGGAUCAUCAAAGUAUGGAAUAUCAACUUUGGGAAAAGAAUUUAUGGCUGGAGUUCUUUAUCAUCUUCCUUCAAUUUUGCCAUUUGUUGCACCACUUCCUUCAAGUUAUGAUCGGUUGCAGCCCAACACAUGGAGUGGUGCAUACUUGUUCUGGGGAAAUGAAAAUAAGGAGGCUCCACUGCGCGCUACAUCGCCGCCCGGAACUCCCGGUGGUCUAACGAGUAACUUUGAGGUUAAAUCAUUUGAUGGUUCUGCAAAUCCAUACUUGGGCUUAGCUGCUAUAAUUUCUGCUGGCAUUGAUGGGCUUCGUCGGCAUCUUUCUCUUCCUGAACCUGUCGAUACAGAUCCAAAUCCAGAAAACCUUCAGAGAUUGCCAAUAUCACUUUCUGAAUCUUUAGAAGCUCUCCAUAAGGCCGACUUUCUUGAGGAAUUUAUCGGUGAUAAGUUGCUGACUUGCAUAAAAGCAAUUCGAAAGGCUGAAAUUGAUCAUUACUCGGAGAACAAGGAAGCAUACAAGCAGCUCAUACACCGUUAUUAGGCUAGCUGUCUUUUUUUUUUCUUCAUGUGUAAUGAGUAAUGACUGGUCAGCGCAUUAUUUAGAUUAUGGAGAAUUUUUCACAUUAGAAAUUUUCAUAGCUUGCAUUACACUUUUGAGUUUAAUAGUUCUAAUAAAAUUAAGAAUAAUUGUAUCUCA